GAAUUCCAAUAGAGGAGUGACUCAGUAGAACUCCAUUCUACCGCUAUGAAGAAAAGUGGUGUUUCUCUCCUUUUGGGUAUCAUCUUCCUGACUCUGAUUGAAGUUCAAGGAGUCCCAAUAAUGAAGAAAGGAAGCUGUUUCUGCAUCAACACCAACCAAGGGAUGAUCCACCUAAAAUCCUUAAAGGACCUUAAACAGUUUUCCCCAAGUCCUUCUUGUGAGAAAACUGAAAUCAUUGCUACAAUGAAGAAUGGGACUCAAACAUGCCUAAACCCAGAUUCAACAAAUGUGAAAAAAUUGAUGAAAGAGUGGGAGAAACAGGUCAGCCAAAAGAAAAAGCAAAAGAAAGAGAAAAAAACAUCAAGAAAGCAGGGAAUUCAGAAAGUUAAGCGAUCUCCACGUCCUCAUCAAAAGAAGACUAUAUAAUUGACAGCUUUACCGACAAAUAUUUUCUGUUUAAAAGGUUCUUCUUAAUUAUACUGAAAUAAUUUCAGCACCUUAAUCCAUAAACUUGUUGAUCUGACUAGAAAUUAUAAAGCAUCAUUAUGAAAUUGUAAUUGAAGCUAAAAAGUAGCUUUCAAAAUCCAAAUGUUAAGAAUUGUUACAGGCUAUAGUUUGUCUUAUUCUUCCACCUACAGCCAGCUGAAUUUCAUCAUGUUUAAGAGCAGGAUCUUAGUAACACCCACAGGUGGACAGAUGGCCACACAACAGCUCAUACACAACAGCUGCCUGGGAGAGCAGCCUUAGGCUUCCAAGACCACAGCCUGCAGCUUUCAGAGCGUAUUCUGAGGCACAUGUUAGCAAGUGCCAGCUUGUCAGCUUGCUGAUAAGCCAAGCAGUUUGGAAUUGAGCUGGACCUCACUAAGCUGCCAUGGCCAUCAGCAUCUGUAUUUGAAUCCGCCUACGGGCCUCACAUGCAAUGUAUCUGAGAGGUAAAUGCUGGUAGUUUCUGGGAACCGACACUGGAGAACACUAGCGCUUAGCUUUCAGAACCUUCUAUCUCACUUUUGAGGCCGUGUGACUCCAUCUUACCUGCCCAGGCUGUCCACUUUGUUUCUGUUGUUCCCCUUUGCCUCAGUCAAGCCAGUCCCUACCACAGUUCAGUGCCUGCCUCCUCUAUUGUGCUGACCUGGGUCUACUCUCUUCUCAUUAUUUCCCCAACACCCCACACGAAUGCCUUCUUCUCCCCACUCAUCUUCACUUUACCCAGGCUUCAAGAUUCAGUUCAAUCCUGCCUCUUAAAUAAAACCUUCUGGACAUUCAGAUUAUCUUAAAACCCUAUUUCACAUGUGCUCCACACCACACAGGUGAGCACUUAUUUUCUAAUUUUUUGUGUGUGUUUUUUCUAUCUCUCCAGCAGGAGCCAAGUUUAUUUCCCUGAAUCUGCCACCAAUGACUCAUACACUGUGGGACUAGAUUUUGAAUGAUUUCUUAAUUGCAGUUGUUACACGUAGAAGGGAAGCCAGGCCAUCCCCUCAGAGCAGGAGCUGGCUAUCAAUAGCAAGAUUCAAUACUGAGUCACCCCUGGUAAAUUCAUUAUCUUCAGGCCAUUAUCCCUGAAAGCACCCAGGGUGAUGCAACAUCCUUGUCUUAUGACAGGAUGUUAACUUGGCCUCUUUAGCAGAUAAGAAGGAACUGUUUAACCAUUUAUGGAAGUUCUGAACUGUUUUCAUAAAAUAUACAGGGUACCUAGAAUCACAGAAUCUUACAAUGGGAAUCUUACAAGGAGCUUUAGAAAUCAACCAGUGUCAAAACCUUCUCUACCCCAUGCAAAUUCCUUCAGUACAAUUCCUGACAAGCCUCGGUUUUCUAUGAUAUGACAAGAAAGCCGCCAACAUCCUUUUGAAAACUCAUUUUAGGUAAAUAUGAAUGUCCUUGUCAUUAAACUUUUCUCAGAGUUGGUAAAAUAUUGUGAUUACUGAUUAUUUCACCAGGUCUCGUGAAGAAAGGUGAUAUUAAGAUACCAAGAGCUGGAGGGAGCAGCAAAUUCUGUUAGAGGAGACAAGACUGGUGCUCACAUAGCUUCCGCGGGGCUUGGAAACUCUCUUAAAGGGGAGGCUUGGUGAACUGUGUAGGACAGGAUGUCUUUUGCCAGAAUUUAAACAAAUGCCUUCUUGCAAAUUUUGUUACUCCUUACCCAACAGAUGAUUUUCAGUGCUGCCCAGUGGUGAUCCCACCCACGCAAUAUCUGAUCUAAUCAUGAAACUCUAGCUCCUUCCAUGUACAUCCUUGGGAAACCUAAAUGUUCCCUAAUUUGAGAGUUUGUGAACCAAUUACUACACAACUCACAGGUAAAGCGUAGUGUAUAACUAAUAAUCAGAAACCACAUUUUAUAACAUAUAAGUGCAUUACAUUCAUCAUUUACAUAUACAUGUAUACUCUCUAAGCAAAUAAUUAAGUUCAAAGCAGUAUGGGCAUAUAUAUCUUAUACUCUGAAAUAAUUUCUUUGUUAAAAGAUGGUAUCAAUAAA